AUGGUCAUACGAGCUGAUGUCCAAUGGGACUAUUUUACAGUCGAGAUUGAUGUCACAGAUCAAGAAGAUGGGACUUAUCUGCCCGUUUCCGACCAACGCGGCACAAAUAGACUCGAUUUAUCAGACUCGCAUGUCCCCAGGCCUACGAAAGGCAAAGGUAGAGCCGAAAAUGCAGCAUUGUCACCCGGGCUAAUCGUGAAAUGUCAAUUUUUUGCAGUCAAGAGUGAUGUUGCAGAUCAGGAAGACUGUCCAUCUCUGCCUGUUUCCGACCAACGCGGGCCAAAUAAACUCGACUUAUCAGACUCGCAUGUCCCCAGGCCUACAAAAGGCAAACCUAGAGCCAACGCUGCAGUCAUACAUAUGUUCGAUCAACCAGGCCUUCCUGGCGAUUGGCGCAAGACACGUGUAUUGGUGAGCAAACCAGGAUCAACAGCUCUACAACUGGAACGGGGCAAACGAUUGCGUGAGAACGAAAGUACAGAAAUUGCGGAUGAAAGCUUGAGAAAGAGGCUGCGAGAUGAAAGGCACGACCCCAGAGAUUUAGGCAUAGAAAAACAACAUAGCGGUACAUCGGCCAACAAUCUCCUGGCCAGCAGAAGGCGCUUAGCUGACAGCAUAUCCACCUCGCGUCGGAACUAUACACAAAACUCCGAUACCGCAUAUCAACUCAAAUUGAACACCAGCAAUUCAGAUUCCGGUGUUGCCUCACAGAACCCACUUCCUGCUAGAACUAGUCACUAUAUGCCCUUGUUUCACGAUGUCGAUGAGUCACAGACUGCACAAGACCUCGGCGACGAUAUGGUUUAUUGCAUGGAGAACAAAGGAGUCAGGGGUGAUAAUAAUGAAAAUCAAGGUCACCAAUUUCAGAGCCAAGCAAAUGAUAAAAUGAUGCCUAUACUGUACUCUCAGGCAAAUCACGGGAUCAAGUCCGAGAGAUCCAGCACCAUAUACCAUCAACCUAUAGCUUCGACAUCACGAGUUAUCCACCCCCCGCAAAUUAGAGACUCAGCAUCACGAUCCCAACCAAAACAUGACCCUACACAAGCUGUCGCUUCCAGUUCCCCAAGAUCAACUCGUCAUCAAACCACUCAUCUUUUCAAAAACAUCAAGCAUCAACCUGUAGCUCCAUCCUCGUAUAUUGCACAGCCUCAACAACCUAGAGUCCCAACAUCAACAUUACGUAUCUCACAAAUACCACGAACUAGAAACUCCUCGUCACACGAUGCCUCGACAUCACAUCCUCAAGAGAACGUAAGGCCAAUAGCUUCAACAUCACAUAUCUCAGCACAACCUCAACAACCUAGAUCUCAUAUAGCGUCAACCUCGAAUUCUGCACAAAUCGAGCAACCCAGAGUCUCGACAUCACGCCCUCAAGAUAACAGCAACUCAUAG